GAAGUCAGGUCAAACAAUUUAAUCUCAGUAAGUGCAAAAUGCUGCAUUUUGGGCAUGCAUAAUUAAUAAUAGGACAACAGGGAAGAUUUAAGAAUUUUGCUGUACAAGUCAAAAGAUCCCUGAAGGUGGCAGCAUGGGUAGAUAGGGUGAUAAAACAUCAGUGACGCCAUAAAUGUGCCAGUCCAAUCAUCACAGCAUACAAAGAAUGCAACUGAUCUAGACAUUAACACGUCCAUAGAAUUAGUGAAAUGGAAUUAGGUCAAAAAGCGCACUUUCAAUUUGGAAAUUGCUUCCUUUUGCACCAGCAAUUUUAUGAUUAACUUCCUAAAUUUAUCUAACAGGCUUAUUAUGGUAUAAACUCCACGAUCAACAAUACACAAGUUGACAUUGCAGCUGACAAUUCCCUUCAUAUAUAACUUAAACAUUCAAUCUCUGCAUUAUCAUUUAUUAUGGCAGCAAAGCAUAGUAUCUAAUAUACCAUGAUGCACUGUAUGCAUCAGCAAAGCUUCUUUAGCAAAAAUCACUUGGUUCUCAGUAUAAGAGCAAACACAAUGUGUAUUGAAACACUACUAUAUCCAAUUACCACAGUUCAAGAAGAUAAUGAAAUAUUGUCCUUGCCACUCUCAUUUUGUGCACCAACACAAGAUUGGUGCACACUCAUAUUCUGCUUUAAAAAAAAAUUCCUUCAUCUGUAAUCUCCUUUUUAGUUUUCAGAGUUACAGAACUUUUUUAAAAAAGUUAAACACUCAGAAGUUACUAUUUUCAACUCAAAACACUCCGGUUCAGAUGUCUGAAAUGGAACUGGAUUGGUUGUGAAUCCCUUGGCGGCAGUAGAAACAUAACAUUUGAACAUUGAGAAUUGUAUAGCAGUUUGGGAACUUGAAAACUAAAAAUAAGAUAAGCGAAACCAAAAGCAGAAGUGUAUUCGUUAACCAGUCCUCCGGAGGUCAGAUCCCUAGCUGGGUGCAGGAGUGUUUCGACUCCAUUGAGCGCUGUCCGGGACAAGCCUGUGGUAUCGGGGGCGAUGCGCCAGCGAUUCGGUGCCGUAAUCAGGGGCUGCCGGCUUGUUUUGCUCCUCGGCGUUUGCCUCGGCCUAUCGAGCAAAGGAGCUGUCCCCCCACCGGAGUCUUGUCAUGGACCCGAUGGGGCGAGAUGCGAGAAUCUAUGGCAGCUGAAGGAGCGGAUGGUGCUGGACUCGAACUACGACCUGGUCCUGCCACCGGCCGACGUGGUCUCGGGCUCCGGAGCUGGCCACAGCCCAGCGUCGGGGCCCGGCUUGCGGCAUGACUGGCAGCCCGAGCCCGGCAUGAAUGCACCACACUUCACGGUCGACACGCUAGACGGGCCACUGACCUUCCCGCCGAGCCAGCAACACAGCCCGGUGUCGUUCACCUUCCAGGCCUUCACCAACAAAUCGGGCUUCCUGGAGUGCAUGUGGGCCUCCGAUUCGGCGCUCGCCCCCCUGCUCCACGCACUGCCCAACGACAGCCAUGUGGUCUUCAUGUCGUUCGACGAUAACGCGCCGCGGGACGUCAGGUGGAUGAAGCAGAGAAUCGUCCAGGUACUGGAGCGGAGAGUUAAGGACAUCGAAAGAAUUAAGGACUUGCUUUCUCGACUUCAUUUUGUACCGAUUCCUGUGUUCGCUCUGGGUAACUGGAUCCCUACUGUCUUCUAUUCCUGGAGAUGUCAGGGGCUCAACUGUGGAUUCUCUCAAGUCGUUUUCACUUCAGCAGAAUUAAGAAUGACAAUUGUUGGCAAACGACUGGAUGCAAGGUACGAUUGGAUAAUGAAAAGUUGGAAAUCCAUGCCAUAUACUCUCAGGGAUGGUGGAGAUGGUUGUGAUAUUACCCCUGCAGUAAAAGGUGCUGUGGCUUUGGUGUCUGCUGAAGGGAACUGUUCAUACUUCACAAAGAUCAAAAAUAUGGAAAAUUCUGCAGCAUUAGGAGUACUGGUUUAUGUAAGUCUUGGAAAAGCACUUCAGGAUAUGAAUUGUGAAGGAAAUGAAUGCUUCACCCCCAUAAGUAUACCAGCUUCAAUGAUACAUUUUCAGAAAGAUGUGAUUGAUUCAUUAAGAAACCAUACAAAUGUGAAUGUGACCCUCCAGCACACUCCCUCGCCUAAUUUUUUCUUUGGAAUUAACAUGGAAAGGAGGUUGUCAGAAAUGGGUUGGUUCCUCUAUCCAUCAUUUCAUUUUGUCGUCUGGCAAGCUGAAUGGUUCAGUUAUAUGAAAAACUUGGAAGCAAAGCUUCAGAGGCCAGCUUUUGUAAUAAACAUAUUCAAUGACACAAUAAUGCAAGGCAACAAGGGGGCUGUUGCAAUUAUUGACCUUCCAAAAGAUCUAUCUUCAUUUAACCAUUUAGAACUUGAUGUUUCAUUGUCAUGCCCUGGAACAACAGAUGAAACCUGUGCUAUUUGGGAUCACAGAAUUGAACUUUAUGUGUGCUGUAAAGAGAACAGUUCAUACUGCAAUCUUGAACUUGGGAGAUGGAUCACACCAUUCCGCAGACGCAUUGGCCAUUGGUUAACAGACAUCUCACCUCUUCUACCCCUACUUAAUGGUGCAAAAUGCACAUUCACGAUGAAGACUGUGCCAUGGGCCAUGCCCUGGAAGCCAUCACUAAACCUUCGGUUCGGUAAAGAAAACCAGGUAUCGACAGGCUACAGUUCAGCACUACAUCCUUUUCAAUUACUACGGCUCUUCAAUGGUGGCACUUUCAACAUUAGUUACAACAAGAAGUAUAAGCCUAUUAAAUUUACUGUGCCACCCUCAACCAGGAAGGUUGAACUCUAUGCUGUGAUCACAGGCCAUGGAAGUGAUGAGAAUGGGUGUGGAGAGUUCUGUGUCACUUCGCAUCAUUUUGUAAUCAAUGCUGUUUUUAAUAAUUCAAGAACUUUUGACAAUGCUGGCACUUAUUUUGGUUGCGCUAACAAGGUUUCAGAAGGUGUGGUCCCAAAUGAACAUGGUACAUGGCUCUAUGGCAGAAAUGGCUGGUGCGAUGGACAAGAUGUAGCACCAUGGAUAAGUGAUGUCACUAAGCAGGUAAACAUGACUGGGCUAAACAGCAUCGUGUAUUUUGGCUGGUUUAAUGGCAAGGAUCCAAAUCCGAAACAGAACCCUGGAGAAAUUGUAAUGUAUUCCUACCUAGUAUUCUACAAGUAAAAUCGCAUAUCAUUACUGUGGUGAACUACAUAUACCUGUCUGGACAUGCCCCCCCUGCUGACUGCUCCUGUGGCUCCUCCCACAUACCCCUGUAUAAAGGCGAUUGGAGGCACUGCUCCUCCCUCAGUCUCCAGGAUGUUGUGUGGUGAUCUCUUGCUGCUGACGGUGCUUUCUUCCAGCUAACUCACGUCUCCGAGAGUUAUUGAUGGUGCAUCAAUUACUAAUCAGGACUUGAAGUUAAUAAAAACUGUGAAGGAGUUUGACAUCCAACACUGGAUGUUCAUUACUGAGCUAAUGAUCAGUUAUUAUUGCUAUCUCUAUUCAGUUGGCACGUCUGUUAAUGUUUCUGUCUUUAACGAUCAUUAUAACAAUGUUUUAGAAUGUCUGGCAUUCAAUCCAACUUCAAUGGAUACUGUACAUUCAUAGCUUAAGUAGCUAUUUUCACCAAUAUGUUUUUAUGGACGAACAUUAAAAUAUAGAAAAUUGAUCAGAUAUGCAAUAGGAAGCUGAAUCUUAUUCAAAGACCCACUUUUUCUGAAGUUAAUUUUUAUUCCUGGCUAUGAUACAAAUUUACCACUUUGUAACAAUCAAAAUCUAUUUUACUCCAUGCUUUGUAUGACUGUAUUACUUUUUUAUAAAGUACUCUGAUGUUUC